AUGUCUAGAUUCGGAUACAAUGGACUAAAAUCUUUCGAAGUUUCUUACCUCGAUGAACCGCAAUUAAAAAAUCAUUAUAGUUCUUUAUUAGAGAGUUGCUGUAAAGAUAAAAAAGUGUUAAAAGAUUACCAUGCUAUUGCAGUAAAAGACAGUCGGUCUGCACGCUACUCUUUAAAUGAGAUUAUAUCUUUGGAUUCACAUCCAGCAGCCAGAUAUUUGGCUUGGUCAAGAAUAGAUGGUAGUUUGUCAGUAAUGAGACCACCAAUUUCAGCAGAUAGGACCCAGGACUAUGUAUUGGUUGGUUCUGUUAAAAAAGACGUGCACGGGGAAGGAAAAAUCGUCUAUUCAAUUAGUUGGAAUCCCAAUGAACUACAAUUCGCAACUGUGGGUAAUACACCAACAGUGAAGAUCUGGAACGUUGUGGACAAUACGCUUAGGGUGCUAAAGGAGUUUAAAACGAAUUUCAAGGCCAAAAAUUUCAUUAAUGAGUACGACCCUUUGGGGAAAUUCCUAGCAGUUGUUACUAAGGCUAAUGAGUUAUACGUAUUUGAUGUUGAAUCAGGAUAUGAAUCUUUUGUGUCAUAUUGUCCAGAAAAUGAGUUAGAUGAUGAAAUUCAUUCUAUGUGUUGGUCCAACGAUUCUAAGAGCAUUAUCCUUGCAUAUAGAUCAGGGUUUAUUAGAGGACUUUCCGUCGCUUCUAAUGCAUUGGAAAUGAAAUGGGAAAGACGUAAUAAUAUGAAAACUAUUUCGUUUCUAACAAUGGAUCCUCUGGGAAGAUCAGUACUGGUAGGCACUCAUAAUGAUUGUUGCAUUUGGUCACUUCCAGACUUAAUUCCAUUAAAACAGUCAAUUAAAACCGAGAAUAGAAUUACUGGGAUUGAUAUAUCCUUUGAUGGCUCAAUUAUUGCUAUAGUCAGCAAAGCCAAAGAUUCAAACGAUGCAUUUUUAAAUCUUUAUUGGUAUAAUGAUCUUUCGCCUUUAUACAAUGCAGUGGUAAAAAACAGUUCUCAGUCGUCAAUAAAGUGGUCAAGGUCAUGUUUGACUUUUUUCACUACUGGGGCUUUGGAUAAAAUGACUUUAGUAGACCUUCGUUCCUCUAGAUCAAAAACAAGCUUUCCUCAUGAUGACCCAAAGCGUAGUGAAGUUCCGAAGAAACCUGAACGUACAAACAGGAGUUUAAGAGACAGUAAAUCACGCUCUAAUAAAGAUAAAGACUCUCGCCAACAAUCACACAGGAGGGAUACUGACAAAUUUAAUGACAGAUCGUUUGAUAGACCAAGUAGCGGUUCAAAGUUCAGAAAAUCUAAUGAUAGAUGGUAA